AUGUCUGUUCCAGAUUUUCAUGAGCGGAAGGGGUCCCUCUUCUUACGUUCUGAUCAUAUGAACUAUGGCAGAGCUACCUUAAAUUCGAACUGGCAUCAAGCAAGGGAAGCAGAACCCAAGAACUAUGACAUCAGCAGGAAUGAUGAAAGAAAUCUUUGUAAAGCAACAUAUGAUAAGAUAGGAGAUGUAACAGAUGGUACAUUACCAAAAACAACAUAUCAGGAUCAUGCGGAGCAAACAUACCUCAAGGACGACUUCAAAGAACAGCAAGUGAGGAAGUCCAUGGUAACACUUGACACUGUUGGCCAUGCCGAUCUCGACAGGGAUGUUGGCUUCCCAAAGAGAGGCUAUGGUUCAGUGCUGCCCCGUCAUAAUCCUGACUACAACAAACAUCAUCUAGAAACAACUCACAGAGCCGACUACAAACUUCCCAAUCCAGACUACAAAACAGUCCCGGAGAUGCCACCAGACUUUCCAGAUUUGUCUGCAGCAUAUCGGAAGUGCCACUCCCAGUUCACAGACACUGCUGAUUACCGGCGUCCCGGUCGCAAUACAUGGCAGGAUGAGAGUGGCGUUUAUGCUAAUACUCACUACAAAAAAGAAGUUAUCAAAUCAUCCAAUCCAAUACCAGAAAGUGUGUAGUAAAUCCAGACUUCAUAAACAGGGAAACAAGGGGCAAGCAACUGCAGAAAGAAAACACUAUCAUAACAUGAAGAAUAGAAUUGUGAUUUGUUGUAUAGCAUGAUAACAAAGAGCUCAAAGACUUGCAUGGCAGCAACUCUGUGUAGAGGAAUAAAGAAAAUAUUGUCAAUUUAUGCCAGAAAAUGAUGAAACUCUGAAGUAAACAAAAAAAUCAUAAAAAGAAAAAUAGCAUGUGUUGAAACCUGUAUGCACCAAUA